AUGGCUCGUCUGUUCACCACCGUGGCGCUGCUGGCCGUGUUGUCCGGCGGGUUCUGUGGGGAGACGGGCUUCCUGCAGCGAGCCGGCGUGGCCUUCAGCAACAGGCAGUACAGAUCUGUGCUCACUGUGAACAACGGGGAGCAGUUUGGGAACUGGACCUGGCCCGAGAUGUGUCCUGAUGAGUUCUUUGCUGUUGGGUUCAGCGUCAGGGUGGAGUCCAACCAGUACGGUACUGAUGACACCGCCCUGAACGGGAUCCGCCUCGUCUGUGCCAAAGCAGAGGACCGAAGCUUCCUGUACACGGUGGAGUCCCACACCGGCUACUUCGGUGACUGGUCCCAGCCCCAGUACUGCCCCUCCGGCGUGCUCACCUCCUUCCAGAUCCGCGUGGAGCCCCACCAGGGUCUGUUUGGCGACGACACGACCGUCAACAACAUCAAGUUCCGCUGCAGCAGUAACCCGACGCUGGAGGCGCCCGGCAUGGACUGGGGAGAGUACGGCCACUGGAGUGAGGAGUGCAGCGGCGGAGGGAUCUGCGGCAUCGAGACCAAGAUGGAGGAAUACCAGUACGCCCUGGACGACUCCACCCUCAAUGAUGUGCGCUUCCAUUGCUGUGCCAAACCUCAGCAGUGAUCAGCGAAUGAGAAGCUCAGUCCAGUUUGUCUCCAACACCUUGAACUCAGAGAUUUCAAAUAAUAAUAAAAAGCUUACUUG